AUGGGGAGGGGUUUAGGUGCAGCGAGACGAUCCACGCCAGGCACAACGCUAUCGAGGAGAGUCGUUGUCGGAGCUGGCGGCAGGCCGUUGGUAACUGGUCGAGUCAUGAAGCAAACACCCAGAAUCGGUCUCGAUCUCAUUUCCUCGCCUAACACACUAAGGCACAUCUACUCGGACCAACAUAUCCCCGUCAUGCUGUCUGAGGAAUUCUUCUCCGCCGUUUGCGGCCCCCCUAUCGCCGCCAAUACGGCCAUCUCAAAAGAUGUCGGCCUUCAUUGUCACACUCUGACGCCGAGCUAUGCUGUCAAGUCCAACUACAAAAAAAGCGCUGCUCCGACGAAUUGCUUGGCCAUCAGCCCGUCCCACGUGUUUGCCGCUCAAAACGAAAAGUCCCAGAUCCAUGUGUACUCCAAGGCGCGUGGCACCCAGGAGGUGACCGUCACCUUGGGUGAACGCAUCAGAAGCUUGGCCCUGAUCGGCGAUGUCCUUGCAGUUGGCACAGUCGACGGAAGCCUCAUGCUGUGGGAGGGGCGCCAUCACCUCGCUCGUCGUCAGCCAGAGCGUGAAUCCCGAAACCAGCCUCUGCGUCUCAGCCACGUCCCUCUCUGCGUCGCCCUCGAUCCCUGCUCGCGCGCCGUCCUCGUCUCGUGUGAGGACGGCUCACUCUACCUCGUCGAGCUUUUUGGUGCCAAGCCUCUGGUCGGCCAGCACAGCGCCGAAGUCUCCUCGACCGCCGUCCAAGUCACUUCUCCGCUAGGUGUCGCCGACGCCGAGUGCGGCCCAGCUUCGUGCCUGGCUAUCAGUCACGACGGCACGACCGUCCUUACCGGCCAUACCAAGGGCAAGAUUCUUCAGUGGCAGCUCACCGACAAUGGCCACCCGACAGAACUGACGGACCUCAACGCCUCCGUUACGAACCUCGUGUUCCCACCUCUUACGCAGGCGACCCAGACGACAAGGCCCGUCACAGUCAUCAAACCCAGCCUUGCCGAGAGGCAGUAUACCUUUACGGCCCAGCUCGAGGCUGAUCUGGCACCGCCCAGCAGGUUCCAGAACAUGCUCAACAGCGCAGGGUUCCCAGAUGACGUUCUGGAGAAGGCUAUCCUGUCCUUUACAGAACCAUCGGCAACGCAGUCUGGCAACAGUGCUGAGGCGCAGAAGCAGAUUGAUGAGCUGAAAGAGAUUAUCGAAGGUCAGAAGGCGCUGCAUAAGGCCACACUGCAGAAGCUGGCUGAUGCCAAAUCUUCAAAAUGA